AUGAUUUUGUAUCACGUCUCCUUGCUGAUCUUUCUUACGUUUGUUAGAGGGGACACUAUGACUGAUUUCGUCUUACCAUCUAAAUGUGAAGUUUGCAAGUUUCUUGUAACAGAAAUUCUGUCCCGUCUUCAAGAAACCAAGUCAAGUGAUACUCUGAAUUUAAGAUCUGUCCAAGGGGAUUCAAAGAAGGUUAAAUAUGAAACAUCAGAACUCAGACUUUAUGAAGUUCUGGAAGAUCCUCCUAUUUGCAACAGGCUACUUCAGUACAAAGUUCAUAAAGAGCGUCAAGACAGUAGCAGAUUUGACAAAGGCACACCUCAGACAAUGAAGUCUCUUACGGAACUGGUGAACCGUGGCGUUGAUGUGAAGCUGGAUGUCCCUUUUGAGCUGUGGGAUAAACCGCCUGCAGAAGUCACAGCCUUAUUCAAGGAGUGUAUCCCACUUGUUAAUGAAUACCAAGACAUUAUAGAAGAAUGGUUUUACAACAAUCAAGAUAUAAAUCUUUAUGAUUACCUUUGCCGUGAAAAUGUUCUAGACAAAUCUUCUCAAGGGUGCUUGGAUGAAAAAUCUCCAAAUCAACCAAAACAUUCUCCAGAAUCACACCAGUCGGAUGAGUUAUAA